AUGGCGAAGCCCUACGACGUCAAUGAACAGACUGGGAAGGAUAUGACUGCAGCCAGGGCUGCAACGACGAUAGCGGUGGAAGAAGUGAGAAAUUACCUGUACAACGGCGCCGAAGAGUUUCAGACUCGGCACAACAUCGUUGAAGUCCUCCAGAAUGAUCCAGUCUUCGACAAAAGUCAGAGAGACUUUAUGUCAAGAACAGAGCGCUAUACACGAGGGAUGGCCUUGACGAAUCGUAUCUACGAACUCCAGGAGAAGCUGGGCUGGAACCAGCAGCAGACCAGCACAGCAACUGCCAUUCUCGACGAGCAACUCCCUAUCGCUUUACACAAUAUUGCUUUCCAACCAGUGUUCAACCUUCAGGGCUCGCCAGAACUCGUGAAGAAGUACGGUCGCCUGAUCGCAACUCGUGGUAUCUUUGGGUGUUACCUACAGACUGAACUUGGCCAUGGAACCAACGUGUCGCGUCUCGAGACCACUGCAACGUACAUCCCCGAAACGAGAGAGUUCGAGAUCAACUCACCGACGGUUACGAGCAGCAAGUGGUGGAUUGGAGCUUUGGGCAAGACGGCCACCCAUGGCGUCGUGCAAGCCAAGCUCAUCAUCGAGGGCAAGGAUUACGGACCGCAUUUAUUCUUCGUCCAAUUGAGGAGCAUGGAGGACCAUAAACCCCUUCCUGGUAUCAUCAUUGGCGAUAUUGGUCCCAAGUCUGGUGGGGGAUUUGCACCGACAGACAACGGCUUUGCCAGAUUUGACCAUGUUCGGAUUCCGAAGGAGCAUAUGCUCUCCAAGUUUGCCCAAGUGACCGAUGACGGCAAGUACAUUCAACCUCCUCAUGCAAAGCUGAGCUACGGUGGGAUGUUGUACAUUCGUGCAAACAUGGUCACCGGUGGUGGUUGGCUCAUGGCCAAGGCUGCGACUGUGGCCAUUCGCUACGGCACCGUUCGGCGUCAGGGUGCGGUGGGCCCUGACGGUCUCGAACAAGCAGUCAUCUCGUACCCUUCGACCUACUACCGCCUCCUUCCCAUACUCUCCCAUGCUUAUGUCUUCAUUCAACUCGGGAAGCAAUUGACUAAAGCCUUCGACACGAUGGCCGGCCGUCUCGCCAAAGGAGACACCUCCCUCCUUGCCGAAAUGCACGCCACGACGAGCGGUCUCAAGGUCCUUGUCUCCUCCACGGGUGUUCAAGACAUCGAGGUUGCACGUCGAUCCAUGGGCGGGCAUGGGUACAGCGCAUUUUCAGGCCUGGGCAGAAUCUACAACGACUAUCUUCCUAGCGUGACUUACGAAGGCGACAACUUUGCGCUUGACCAGCAAGUCGUUCGUGCGGCGCUCAAGUCGCUCAAGGGCCUCUCAUCUUCAACCAACCUCUCGCCUUCGUCAUACUACCUCCGCCUCCUCAUCCCACCCGUCUCGGUCCCGAACUUCAAGCUUACCCCGGAUCAAUGGCUCGAUCCCGCCAAUCCUGUCCUACUCCUCGAAUGGCGGGCGGCACUCGUCGUUCAGGAAAUGGCGCGCAACCUCAAGGAACCCGAUGCCAGUGUGAACCAGCGCGUGUCGAAAGCAGUCACAGAGGCGUUCGUCGCUCGGCAAGUGGGAGACAUGAUCAAUGAGGCUCAGACCAAGCUGGGUAACAAGCGGCAGAAGGAGGCGCUGGUCUUGGGCCAGGUGUUCCUGCUUUACCUGCUCACAACUCUCGAAGCGGGUAUCACCGACGUGCUUUCCUUUGGCCUUCUCUCUUCCACUACUGGGUCGGACGCGACGCGUUCGCUCCGCCUCGCGAUCCAGCGUGUCUGCCAGGCCCUCCUGCCUGAAGCGAUCGGUCUCACGGACGCGUUUGGAUUCACGGACUGGGAACUGGACAGUGCGCUUGGGGUGUACGAUGGCAAGGUUUAUGAGGCGCUUUGGAAGAGGGCACAACAGGAACCGCUGAACCAGAUGGAGGUCCCUGAGGCAUAUGAGAAGAGCAUCAAGCCGAUUCUGCAGAGGGGUCAGAGGCAGGCUGGUGUGAAGGUUGACAGGGCCAAGUUGUAGUUCAUUGGGCCUCGAUGGGUGUAUGUAUGUAUAUCUGUAUGUAUGUAGUAUUUAUCUGUACUGAUAUAUCAUCCUCGCUGGCAUUAUCCACCAUUUUCGCCAGGCGGACGAUGAGGGUGGCGAUGCCCGGCCAUCAGACGGCAGAUGCGCGCGUCGG